CCAGUAAGGUCAAAAGGACUCGACAGCAACACCGUCUCACCCUCUAAUUUCAGACCGAGGUGGUACAGUCCAGAGAGCGGGAGGCUGCAAACAGCUAGCUCCACAGAUCAGCUGGGACACGCAGACCAGGAAGAAGAGGAAGAUGAGUGAGGAGAAUGCAGAGGAGGUGAAGCAGCUGGAGGCUGAGGUGAAGCUGCUGCAGGCAGAGAUCAGAGCUCUGCAGCAGCAGCGACAGGACAGCUGGGAAAACGUCUCCUUCCAGUUCAGGGGACAGAUGCAGGACGCUCUAGCGUUUGUCUGUGGACGGACGCAGGAACCUGGAGGAGACUGGUGGUGUCCAGGCUGAAGGAAGGAAGUGGAGGAGCUGGAGAAGGACUUGAAGCUCCAGACUCAGAUGAAUGGCAUCAGCCUGAACAGCUGCAUCACAAAGACCCUGCCGAGCCGCGGUCGGGAGGUGGUCCAACAGGUCUGUCUGUCAGGUCGCAGCUCUGAGCUGGUCUUCCAGGUAGAGUUCCAGCUUUCUGAGCUCAAGGAUGGAUCGAGAACAGAGCGGAGAAUCAGAGAUCUGAACCUGGUGCUGGACUCCAGCGACCUGCAGAGCCUCAGCAGCUUCCUGUCCAGGGUGGAGGAGACCCGGGACCUCCUGUUGUUCUUCAGAACCAUCAGUUUCUCAGAGAAAUGCGACGAUCGGACCAGAACCUUCCAGCACUUCCAGGAGAAGUUUCCCUCCAUCGUGUCUCUUCCCAAAGGCUGCGGCUCAGAGGUCAUGACCUUGAAUCAUCCCGAGCUUCCAGGCUGCGGCUUCUUCAUUCACUGGUGCCUGGAUGUUUCCACAGGGGGCGCCGUCACUCCCAAGAUCCAGCUGCUGUCAAAGAUCCCAGAGAAAGCUCUGCAGAUGUUCCCCAGUCAGCCAGCAGGAGGCGGCGCUGCAGAGGCCUUUCAGAGCCUGCUGAGGAUUCUGGGACCUGAAGCCGCCAUGGAGUCCAUCAUCAGAGCCGUUAGCCUCUCAGAGAGAGACGAACUCAGCUAUUAGCAGCUCCAGAGGUUCUGCUGGACCUCAGCUGGUCCUGAAUCAGAACUUUAUUUCCCUGGAUGAGACAAACGCACAGAAAGCAGACAAACCAGCAGAACUCCAACUCUGCAAAAAUAAAAUAAAGAAUUGUGGUAGAAAACACAAGACAGCUGUUUCUGUCCUCAAAAAGUUUCUUUUGCUUUGAUUUCCACACCGAGGUUUGGUGUGGGGUCAUAGGUCACAGAGCUGAUGACCUAUGACCCCAGCGAAUGGUGAGGAUCAUGGGAAAUGACCACGGUUUCAAUCCUAAUUUUCAGGAUCUGAAUUAAAAUUUAGAUCCUGAUUCAAAAUUAGUUAAAAAAGUUCUAAGGAACCAGCAGAUUUAUAAUUUGCAGCUUGUUUUCUCUCUGCAAGGACCUGAAAUUUGCCAACUUCUUCCAAAUGUUGAGGACUGUUUGCGCCAGCGUUAUACUAGUUCAAGAUUUUUCAUUUUAGCUAUUUUAUUGUGACUUUUUGUUUGUAUAUAGUUAGUUUUAAUUUGUUCAGAGUGUUUGCUAGUUUUUACUAGUUAUUAGAUAUAGCUUAGUUUUAGAUUAGUUUCUAUUAGUUAUAGUAGUAGUUUUAGUUUUUUCUUACUGAUUCUGAUAAAGUCUGAGGCGGACUCCCAUUCUGGGUUGGAUUAUAGGAGACCAACUGUGGAAUGGUGAUGCGUUCAAUGCCUCCAGAGCAAGCGAAUAAUAAAAAGAUUUGAUUUUAUUGUAUAUUAAAUCCUCCACUUAUCUAGUUAUAUUAGGAUUAAUGAAUUUAGAAAAAGUCUCUCUGUUCAUCUGAAUACGAGCUCGGUACUAUGUUAGCAUUAGGAUUGUUAGUAUAGCAACACUUAGUUGACUGUCACCUAGCAACAACGGUGAGCAGUUUAAAAAAGUAAGCUGCCUGAACCAAAACUCAGAGCUGCUCAGUGAGAGUUGAAUGAACAGAUGGAUUUAUGAGAGAGACGUGGAGACCAGCAGAGGAGAAGCCAUUGAAGCUUUCAGAUAUAACCAGAGCAGGUUACAAAGUGGAAGAAUAAUAACACGCGUUAUUGAGACAUUUAAAAUGUUGUUUUUUUAUGUAAAUCACUAUAAAAACAUUAAUUUGUUAUGUAAAAGCAGUUAGAAUAAAUUAAUUGUUAGGACAGUGGCUGUAAAUGAUAGACAUGCACCUGCACUGUUACUAUGCAUUGAGUCGUGUCCACAAAUCUAUUGUUAUUUGAACUUUCAGAAAUUACAACAGCAGUGGUGCCGCUCAGGGUGGCAGAACGUUGGGAUACCUCUGCACUUUCAUUUUUUCUCUUUUUCAAAGCUUCAUUCCUGCCUUUUUGGAGGAAAAUUGCUUUUUUGGGCAAAUGUUCCUUUUUUUGGAUACUAUAUAGUAUCCAAAAAAAGUUUCUUGUAGUAUUUUUCACAUUUCUUCUAUUUUGUUAUGAUGCAUAACCACAGCAGCAGUGUGGCUUACAACAGGGAGCAGGUGGUUACGAUUUUAAAGCAGAAAUAACAAAACAGCUGAAGCCAGGAAUCCCAGAGGAGUUGAAAAGGAGGUGGAUGCAGGGCAGGAGCAAAGAGGAGAGAGAAGGAGGAAAUUCAAACCAUCUCUGCCAUCCCAUCAUAAUGGGCAACAUGACAUCAUUGCACAUUAAGUAAGCAGUUUAGUUCUACAUUUUAAUUCAAGUUUAAACAUAAAUUUUAAAAAAUCCACAAGGGAGAAUGAUAUUUAAGAGUAUUAAAAAUACGCUUGAUAAAAGGGAAGAGACUUCAACCUGAAUAAAAUCAGCAAAGCUACAGAGUUUGUUUCCUGUAAUGUUUCUGGAAUAACAUUGUUUUCCACCAAUUAUAUUCCUUCACUAUAGUUCA